AUGAAGAAAACACUCGAGACCGAUAUAGACUUGAAGGCAGUUAUGAAGAAAUUAGAGGAACUCCAUAUGACCAUUCACAUCCAAAGCGAUCACAUUUCUCAGUUAGAGAAACAGAAUCAAAACUUACAAAACACGAUUGCCACUGAUGUCUUCAACAGUGAGAAAAAGCAAGAUGAGCAACGAUUCCUGGCUCCUGAGACACCUUCCAUAUCACCUGACAACAUUGCCGCUUUCUAUGCUUUUUUUUUAGCAAAGGAUAUCCCUUCUCCAAGCGCGCACCGCAUCCUUACAUUUGAUAAGGUGAUCACAAAUGCUGGAAAUGACUACCAUCCCAAUACUGGUACAUUCAUAGCGCCCCGAUCUGGUCUUUACGUGUUUACAUGGACUAUAAGAAUGUAUGGAGUUUCAUAUCACACAACAGAACUGUUGGUCAAUAACAAUUUCGUUGGGUCCACACAUCUUAGUACUAACAUUCACAUGGAUGACAGUGUUACGGGUACUGUCGUGGUCCAUGUUGACGAGGGAAAUGGUGUACUAUUAAGAACUGCUGACAUACCUAACGGUGGUGAUAUAAUAAGUAGACCUGAAGGAAGAUCGUCCUUUGUAGGAUGGUCAUUAGCUUAA